CCAACAGAAGAACAUAAAUUCACUCAAGUGUGUCUUAAUUUGUGACUGUACAUUUUUCGUUGUGCAUCAUAUUUCCUCAUAUAUCGAAAAAUCGAAUCAAAAGCAUGUGAUGUUCUGAUCAGUUCACUGCUUUUCUGCUCUCUUUAAUUUUCUCUUUUUUCUUUUCUCUCACUCACUUUCUCUCUCUCUCCUUCCCCCUCCGCUGCACAGCUGUACUGGCAGACACACAUAUUCUCUCCGUUUCUCUAUCAACAUUGUGCUUCCUCAGUUUUUCACUCUAUGUUUUUUUGUCGCUCCAGUUUUUCUGCGCUGAAAGCUCAUCGUCCUUCUAUAGAUUAUUCUUCUCAUUCACCCUCUCCAUUCUACAUCUCCAUCUUUUUUAAUAACCUUUUCAUCUUUUUUCAUUUGUGCUCAUCCUUUCCCAUCCCUUUUUUUCUCUUCCCUCUUUCUUGUCUUCAUCCUGGUCUCAUCUCCACUUCACUGCCUGUUAUUUUUCUCUUCUGGUCUUUCUUCAAUGGAGGCUGAGGCUCUUUACAGUUUCAGAGCGAGUGAAUGUGAUGAACUCAGUUUCCAGAAGGGUGACAUCCUGAAGGUGACAAACAUGGACGACGAUCCAAACUGGUACACAGCUGAGCUGUUGGGUAGGCGGGGCUAUGUACCGAAGAACUAUAUCAAUGUAAGACCUCACACGUGGUUUGUGGGUGGAAUAUCACGGCAGGCCGCAGAAAACCGCCUGAGACCGCUGGAGUGUGGAGCGUUCCUCAUUAGGGAGAGCGAGAGCACACCGGGAGAGUUCUCUGUGUCUGUCAGUUACGGGGACCAUGUGCAGCACUUUAGGGUUUUGAAGGAUGGAUUAGGGCAGUACUUCAUAUGGGAUGAAGUCUUCAGCUCCCUCAACCAGCUAGUGGACUUCUACAGAAUCAACAGCAUUGCCAAAGAGAGGACCGUCUUCCUGCAAGAGCCCGAGGGAUCAUUAGCUAGGCCACGCCAUGCCCAUGCUCUCUUCGACUUCACAUCUCAUCAUGCGACUCAUCUACGUUUCCUGCGCGGUGAUGUCAUUGAUGUGCUGGACUGUUCGGACGCUCAGUGCUGGAGGGGGCGAUGCCGGGGAAGAGUGGGCGUUUUCCCACCAGAGUAUGUGCAGCCAAUUUACCACUGAACUGUCCUGUACAGAUAAGACUUACUCAUCCAUUACACACACUCUCCAUAAAUCUGAAGGGGAACAAAGUCCAAUGCAUCAAUGUUUGGUGUAUCAGGUGAUUAAGGUUUGAAUUAAACUUAUGUGUCAUGGUCAGCAUUUGCCCAUCAAUCUCUUUGUAAAUCAUUCUUAGCAAAUCAGGAAGCAAUUCUAACUUGUCAACAAACCAGUUUUGUAACACCCUUAAGGAUUAUAACAGUUGACUAUUGAGUGACAUUUACUCGCUGAUCAGCCAUCAUCUGAGCUUCCUAUCUAUUCUUCUUUCAAAUACUUUCAAAUGGAAGGAGUUUUAUUGCUCUCAAUUCAUGAUUUUAAUUGAUAGACAUAAAAAACACAUUGUCAUUUUGCUCACACCUACUAUAUUAUUUCCUCUUUUAAAGUGAACAUUCAUAUUAAAGUUGUACAAACUUGGAAAAUGUUCUUUCUCUUUUUCUUAGAAACAUACUUUAAUGGCAAUUUUUGUGAUUUAAAAAAUCCAAUCCUAGAUUGAUAUUCAGAGACAACAUUAAAUAAUUAGCAAAUUGAUUUCUUUGUAAACACUGUGGCUUUGUGGUGCUAUAAAAACAUUUGCUCAACCAAUGGCUUGUAACAAUAUAUAUAUAUAUAUAUCAUCAUAUCUUUCUUUGAUUUCCAACAUCAUAUCUUAACAAAUCAUGGAUAAAACUAACAAAAAUAUAUAUAUUUUUUUUGUUAAAUAGGCCACUGGAGAUAAUUAUAAAACUGCAUUAGAUAUGCAAAAAAAUAUAUGUAUUUUUUACAUUAAAUGGAUUUAAGUUUUUCUGUACCAGAAAAGAGAGGGUUAUUGGAUUGUUUUCAGUCUAUGUCUGUUCAGGAAGACCUCUGACUGAUGUUCCAAUGGAAAGCAAACGUUGGAUCCACCCAUGCCAUGUGAAAACAUUUGGGAUUCUAUGCUGUUAACGUGAUCACCAUAAAAAUAAGCAAUAAUAAGAUAAUAUUAUUUUCAGAGUGACCAUAAUUUAAGUAACUCUUUCUCUACUGAUCAGUUUAUGUAUUAAAAGCAAUAUAAUUUAAUUUACAUUGACAUGUAUGGUGUGUGAAAUGAAAGUUUAAAUCUUAUUUUUCUCUUUAAGCUGCAACUGCUGUUCAUUGAUAUGCAAAAUAGUAUAUAUUAGCAAGCUUUGCUGCAGUGUUAACGGUCUGAUGUACUGUGAUAAAAUAUGAGUCAACCAAACUGCUAACACGUAUUUACACCUAAUAAUUGCUUGCACGCAUUGAACACAUGAUAAAUAACUGUAAUGAUAACUGAUGAUAACUGUAUAAGUUUUGUAGAAAUACAGCAAUCAGGUGUAAUACAUAAAAAAAAUUAAGGAUGUAUUUCAUGAGCAGAUAUGGUCUCUAUGACCUUUCAACUCAAGGAAAAAAAUAAACUUUUAUCUAGAAAAAACUCAUUUUUUCUUGCCGUUCACAUUUAUAUUCUAUAAAGGAGUUUUAAAACCCUUAAAUUAGAUCAUCCAUCCAUCUGUAUGUCUACGAUUCAUUCCCACACAAACACUCCAAACCCAACACACUAGGUUUACACAUUGCUUCAUAAUUUUAAUGUAUCAAUUAUUAAUUUGCACAUUAACAAUAAAACAAUAUAAAUUAAGAGAAAACAAAAAAAGUUAAAUAGACAAUCACAAAUAUUCAAGUUAAUGUUUCAUUAUUUUCAGUUCUUAAAAUCAUUGACAAACUGUUCUUACAACCAUAUAAUAUAGGCUAUUCUCACGCUAUUGUUGAAAUGAUUAUUAAGACACAAAUUACACAGUCAUUGAUGUGCUGUACAGAAAAUUGCAGUUUAAUCACUGUUCAUUCAUUACAGAGAAGAAAUACUGCAGUUAAACUUACACCCAUUUCUUUGGGAGUAUUUA